UAGAAAACGCCUGCGGGGGAAAAACGGCUACCAUAUUCGGCAUUAGCAUGGUCGAUUACCUAUUGUCCACUAGGUUUUAAGCCAAAAGCGAUGGGGCAGUUGGUGGCCUUCCCUCGAGGGAAUAUACUCAGUUCCCUCGUCAGUUAUAUACUCAGUUUUGGCUGAUUUUUCCAUCUGCCGUCGUCUAAUCAUCACUAAUGAACUCAAUCCAUUAAAAAUGACACUGGAAAUUGGUUUACUGUAUGGAAAAGAAUUUGGUAGCAAUCCUCGACUUAUGCCCAUUUAUAAUUAAACUUAGAUCAAUUUAACAAACAUGUGGUGAUUAUGCGAAUGCUUGAAAAUAUUUUGAUCAAAAUAUGAUAAUAAUACGCAUGUGCGAAUUCAUCACACAAUAAACAAACUACUAAUCCUUCGAAUAAAUAUGAUAAUGAACAACUAUUACUAAAAUCCAUGUUACGAUUAGAAAACACAACUAAAAUUAGUUUAGGUUAUAAUUAGACGCCAAAACAAAACAGUUAUUUUUCAUAAUUUAUUAUGAAACCUUUUUAAUCACAUUUAAGAACCUAAAUAACGCAUAUAUAUCUACAACGAUCCAAAAGGCUGGGCAACAGUACUUCGUGUUAGUAGUUCCACUUCCUUUCUGCUUCUAGAUUGCAUAAAUGUAGGGAUGUGUUUUUCUGGUAAAAUCCAUUUUUCUCAACGCAGAAACACUUUCAAUAAAAACUAAGGUGAUAUUCAGAAUCAGUGGGCGAAACUGGAUCGAAUGAUAUAUAAAACAAAUUCUUUUAAAGAAAAUAAAUAUUUUUCGAAAAACUUUGGUCAAGAAUUCCUGCACGAAUUUGUGGUUAAAAAAACGUUUUCUUACAAAAAACUAUAGUUGAUGGGCUUGAACGUUAUUCUCUGAGUGAUCAAGAAUCAUUUCUAAGCUGAAAAGAAUCCGUUUUCGACCAAUAAGGUCACAUAUCCGUUUGCCAUACAAUAAAUUCCACUGUGACAUUGGUUAAUCCCCUUUCCUUGACAAAAUCCUGCGUCACGUGACAGAUAAAAUGCUUAUUUUUUCAUUUUCCCCAUCUAGAUAUACUCAUCAUACAAUGUCAUCCUGAUUUAUUCUAUUCAUACUUAUUCAUACUAUUCUACCAUUUGAAAUGUGUUUUUUUCACAUAGUGUAAACAUGGAACAAAUACAAUAAUGUUUAGGAGGUUUUAUAUCUGGUAGUUUUGUUGAAGGCCAAGGUUAUGCUAAUCAUUUGCGUAAAGAUGAACAAAUGCAAGAUAUUGAUAUUAUAAUUGAAGUUGGUGAAUUAGAUUCCAAUGAUCAAUUGAUACUAAUACCAAAUGUGCCUGGUUUUUCAACUCGUCCAAUAUUAUAUGAGCAAAUAAAAACAACAUAUAUGCAUUUUAUACCAAAACGGUCAGGAAAAACUCCCGAAAAAUCUCAAGAGAUUGAAUUUCGUUAUUUAUUUUCAGCUAUCGAAUUAAUACUAGCUAAACGUCGUACGUAUGCACAACAAAUUUUAAAUGUGUUAUGGAUGUGUGAAACAAUAGAUUUAAAUACGUAUGAUAGUGAAGAUAUUUUAUGUAAAAACUUAUCAAAACAGUGGAUUGAUUAUGCAAAUACUACAUUUCAACAUAAAAAAUCAAACAGUGAUCAAAUGGAUGCUGAAUACAUUGAAUAUUUACAAAAAUUUGACCAUGGAGAAAUUACUUAUGAUUAUUUGAAUUUAUGUCUAACAUUCAAUAAAGUCAUGAUUAAACCAUUACCAGCAUAUGACAUUGAAGGCAAUGCGACAAUUCAGCCUAAUCUUCUCGAAUCUCUAAAUAAUUUAACUAAUGUACAAACAGCAAUAGAAAGAGUUUUACCAUUAAUUCCUAAUAAACGAGAUGAUUCUGAAUUAAAACUUCAUUUACCACGAACAGUUACUGAUAAUCAUCCUAAUGGACCUAAUAUAAUUCAUCAUGUUGCAGAAUCAUGUUGA